AUGGUGUCCCUCCUACGUUCGUCGGCCGCUGCGGCGCUUCUCUUGGCGAGCCUCAUCGCCGCCGACAGAAGUUCCCCACAGUGGGUGCAAAUCAGGCCUACACUACCUGCUAUUGGCUGCUCUCAGCAGGAUUGCGGGUGCGCUGGCUUCGAAAAAGUGGAGUUGAACGAGGGCGACGAAACGAACACGGGAUCCAUUGAUGGAAUGCGCGCUGUGAAGUACUGGCCUGAGCCAAUUGGGUACAAGAGUGCGUUCAUAAACCAAAGCAACAAAGACCCGUACACGCUGAGCUUCGCCGCGCUCCACAGCCGUGACCUGCCGUUGAUGAGGAACGAGCUCGGGGCGGAUGCGGUGCUUCUUGGCCCAUGGUCCAUCGACUCCACGAGCCACUCGGACUUCUUGGCAGAGGCCAAGACGAACAAUCUCAACGUCAUCCCCUCGUUCGACAUCGCCUGGUACUGGGCGGAUGGCAACUGGCAGACCGACGGCACCAGCGCAAGCCUGCAGCUGGACUUCAGAAGUUUCUUGGAGAACUCCGCGGAGCGGGUCGGGUCCAGCAGGCCCUACACCCCGGAUUCGGUGCUGAUGUGGAACGUGGUGGGCCUUCCCGACAUCUCACUCCUUCUGCCACGGCAGUGCUUUGGUGGUGCGGUAUCGUCCGUGAAGAACUUCAGGAAUUGCCUCGACAGCACCGGGCUUGCCGACGCCACGGCGACGAUGGAGGAAUUUCAGCAGAUCCUGGAGACCAUCCGGACUGAGCAGAAGAGGUAUUUCUGCACUCAGGGCCCCUACGUGCCUGCAGAUUGCGAGAAGGACGACGACCAGGUGGGAGCGUUCACUUUCGACAGGCCGUUGUCGCUGACGGUGGAACUGGGUCCCGACUUCUCGCUGGCCUACAGCGAGAACGUGGACUACAUUAACGGCCUGAUGUACUGGAUGGAGCGCGUGCUCGGAUGCAGGCAGGUCUCCGAGAGGCAGGUCGAGAUAUCGGUCACCUUCAACGACACGCUCAGCCACUGCCGCUUCAACGGGCGCGGCUUCUUUGACGCGUGGGUCGUCAAGGUCGUCACUGCCGCCUCGCAAGUGCAGGCGGAGAAGAUGGUUGACCUCGUCAGGGCGUGGCAUCCGGCUCGGCAGUAUCUCGACGGGGACUCCGCGCAGGGUGAUGGCGUCGCGCUCGAAGAGGUCUCGGGCGUGAUGAAGCCCGUCGUCUUUGAGUACGGUUUCCCCGCCUUGUCUCCCACAGGCGUGAUGGACGCCGCGCAGCAGCACGCCCUGCUGGGGCAGGUGUGGGAUGGCCUCAAACCCUACGUAUCUGACCAGGGCGGCGCGUCCUGCGUGCGGGGGGCAGUCGUCGACGAGUGGGUGGACGUGUGGAGCGCGGACUUGGCGUACGACGAGUGCGCCGAUCAAGUCUCGUCCCAGUUCAAGCACUCCGCCUGUGGCCCAUCCAGCGAUGCGGGUACCAUCGCCGUCGGCUUCCUCGGCAUCAUGGGCCAGUUCGACACGUUCCUGGUGCAUUGCAUCGACCAGCGCGUGGAAGGCAGCGACCGGUUCCAGUUUCAGGAGCUUUCGGGCGAGGACGUCAUCCAGUCCGUGGCGUGGUUGCCCUUCGGGAUCGAUGGGGAGUACGGCCAGCUGAAUCGUUGCCGCCCGGUUUGGCUGAGGCCGGGCCUGCCUGUGCUCGCGUGGUUCACCGCGAUGGCCCUGACGGUGUCGCUGACUCUCCUCUCGUGCUGUCUGGGCUGCUGUUGCUGCCGCGGCAGCCGGCAGGACUCGAACAAGAAACACAUGCAUGAACAUGAGCUUUCAGAGGUCCGUGCGGAUUUCUUGGAUCGGCGCUGGAGGCGCCGCUGGGGGGGCCCAGCGCGGACCCAACAGGUCCGCGUGGGCCUCCGAACGUUUUUGCGUUUUUGUUGCAGAUUGCUGCUUCUUUGA